AUGGAGCUGUCCACCAUCCCCGGUGCUGAAAUCUUUUACAACAGCACCUUGCAGGACUUUAGCUCAAGUUCUCUCACAACUUCAAAUGCCACAAAUCAAUCGCCAAUGAAAAAUACCACUUCAAUCAUCAUAGCUAUUGCUAUCACUGCCCUGUAUUCCGUCGUGUGUGUGGUGGGACUUUUGGGGAAUAUCCUGGUAAUGUACGGCAUUGUCAGAUAUACCAAGUUGAAAACUGCCACCAACAUCUAUAUCUUCAACUUAGCCCUGGCAGAUGCCUUGGCCACCAGUACUCUGCCCUUCCAGAGCGCUAAGUAUCUGAUGGAGACCUGGCCCUUUGGGGAACUGCUCUGCAAAGUCGUCCUCUCCAUAGACUACUACAAUAUGUUCACCAGCAUCUUCACCCUGACGAUGAUGAGCGUAGACCGGUACAUUGCCGUCUGCCACCCGGUCAAGGCCUUGGAUUUCCGGACCCCGGCAAAAGCGAAGUUAAUCAAUGUUUGCAUCUGGGUUCUCUCUUCUGUGAUUGGAGUGCCUAUCAUGGUCAUGGCUGUCACUAAAUCUCAAGGUGGCAUUACAAUCUGUCUCCUUCAGUUUCCUGAACCUCAAAUUUACUGGGAUACGGUUACCAAGAUCUGCGUUUUUAUCUUUGCUUUCUUGGUUCCCAUCUUGGUCAUCACCAUCUGCUACGGGCUGAUGAUUCUCCGCUUGAAGAAUGUCCGUCUCCUCUCUGGUUCCAAGGAGAAGGACCGCAAUCUGCGCCGUAUUACCCGCAUGGUGCUCAUUGUGGUAGCAGCCUUCAUCAUCUGCUGGACUCCCAUCCAGAUCUUCGUCAUCGUUUGGACUCUGGUUGGCAUUGACAAGAAGAACCCUUAUGUCAUGGCCAGCCUGCAUUUUUGUAUCGCCCUGGGCUACACUAACAGCAGCCUCAACCCGAUCCUUUAUGCUUUCUUGGAUGAAAACUUCAAGAGAUGUUUUAGGGAGUUCUGCCUCCCUUUCCGAUCACGGAUGGAGCAGAAUAGCUUUAGCCGGGCCCGGAACAGCACCCGAGAACGUGUUUCUACCUGCACACCAUCAGAAGUUCUUCAUAAGUCAGCAUGA